AUGUCCUGUUGUGCUGGCAGCAAAAAUAAACCUGCGCGCGGAUCCGAUGAUGACGGUCGUCCUGUGCAGGUUGAUGUGGAGGGGUACUACACUCUCCACGUCCCCGCACAGAUUGGAGUUGACGGGUUCUUCGCUGUUGAUGAAAAAACGCGAACUUCUAUAUACGUGGGAGGUGGCAGUGAUGGGGAGAAUAAGCUGCCGAAUUCACAAUGGGCGGAGAAAAGAGGUAAGUUCUUCUUGCUAGUGUUAUGAUAUCAGCUACACCUUCGGAAGGCUUCGUUGAUAUUCUCUCACGAAACAAAAUGAGCCGUCUAAAGUCAACUUAGACUUACUAAAAUCGAUAUCCUUCCAUCUUCAGGUCUCCAAACCGGUGACGUUAUCAUCUCCGUCGACGAGCAAGGAGUCGAAAGCCUCAAGGAUGAAGACCUAUCAACCGUUUUGAAAGGACGCCGACCUUUGACCUUGCGAAUGUAUCGAAAUCCAAACGGUAGCAACAUGUCUGGCUUCAACAACCCCAACUCCACUGGAAGAGGUCUCAAAAAACGCAUGGUCAGACCCCUAAAGGACUUCUCAAAGACGGAAGGGAGUGCGUUGGUAACGAGAUUGCAGGCGAGUCGGCACCAACAACAAUUUUAUGAUACAUGGAUUGCCGAAACGCCUCCAUUUUCAAAGGAGGUGGGAAGCGUUAUGGAUCAUUGAUUUGCGCUUGCAAUCGUAGUUAUGUAGAGGUGUGUUGGAUUCAAAGAUUAAUAUCUUGUUGAACAAAAUAGAAAAACACGAUGUUCAUCAGAUCAAGUCUGAAAGAAGCCUCUAAUAGAAGUGGCACCGAACCUCCAGAUAUCCAUCACAGAUUGCUGCUAGAUUCCGCAGGAACGCACUUCGAGCAUGAGAUUAUCGGACCCGCCGGUAUUGCAAAGUUGUAGAUAAGAGUGUCACCAAGAUUGAAGAUGAUGCAUAGGUCCCUCAAAUCUUCCUCGUGUAUGACAUUCACAUGAUCGACUCUAGCUUUUGUUUUUGACGAAGUCAUCUCGAUCUCGUUGCCUCCCUAUUCCUCUUUAGACGUCAUCUUCGCUGCAGCUACCGCGUUCACAAGCAAAUGCGGUAUCCCGCCAGACCACUUAGAGCGGCUGAGAACUAUAGCAGCGGAGCUAGGCGGCGUUCCUAGUGCGUCCAUGUGGUGCAAAUUGGGCCAUUUGCCUCCGAUGAAGGAAGUGCCGGAGGGACAGCACGUAACGAUUGUUCUUAGACAGUUGGUGCUACAUGAUUGAUUUAGAUUUUGAUUCGUAACUUUCACGUUGCAUGAAACAAGUCAAAAUGAACUACGAGCUCUACAAUUUCUGACCCAUCUUCACUAGGUCAGCGUACUAACUGCCCCCGAUUAUGCGGCAACAGCGACAGCACCUGUCCAACCGGCGGCAUCACCAGAACCUUCUACUAAAGGAGCUUCAAAUCUUAAACUUGAAGCGCCAAGUCCUCAAGGCGGCCUGGAUCUUACUCCAGUCGCUGCUACUGCGUCGCCCGCAGAUGUUGAUGCUGCUAACAACCCACUUUUGGUAGACGGCUCACACCAAGCUGCUGAUGUAGAUGAUGUUGUGCUUCUGCCUUCAUCAGCACCGGCGUCUGUAGAAGAGGAGACAAGAAAGAUAAUAGACGAAGAGGAUGUGCAUCAUGGCGUGAUAGAUGCGGGAAUUACAAUAUUCGGCAAAGUGUUGUCUUGGGACAUUGUCCUACUCGUCUGUCCAGGAAGCGCAGAAGCAGAAGCAUUUCAUAAGCAUUGUGAGGAUGCGAAGGUGUUUUUCCGUUUCUUGUGAGUAUUGAUAUUUUUUGAUGAUGGCAAGUAAGUAGUUCAAUUGGUUACUGCAGGAGCCUUUCAUCUUAAUAAUGUGUAAGGACAUCUCACAGGGACAACGAACUAGGACAACUCAAGUCUAACAUUUAGUUAAAUAUUAUCAGUUAAUUGAUGUUAAGUAAAAAGGCACCGCAAAGUAGCCUCACGACGACACGGCAACAACACCAUCGCAGGUCUCCGUCACUGGUCUUGGCUUAUCUGUUUUCCCGGAAAAUCCUGAAGCCAAGCUCUGUGUGUGUAUGUCUGCUGAGAGCCCGUUUUUAGAAGGCUUUCUCUUCUUCCGAGCGCUCGGUUUCGCCAAGCCACCAGUCAAACUGAUCGAAUUGCUGAGUCCAGUACACAAAGAAGAGAUGCAGAUCGUCGCUGAAUUCGGUAGCAAGGGAUUAACGCAUUUGGCGCUGUUGAUGUUCUUGCACGACUCGAAUGCAUCAAGUGAUAAAUUAAGACUUGCCGUAAUUCAUCUUAAGAGGCAUCCCUGACACGUUUUCAAGGAAGACUUCCAAGAUGAAUUGUUGUAAGCUCUAAAUGAAGCAGCAUUCAGGGAAGGUUUACCACGACAACAGCAACAUCUUCAGGGAGGUGCUCCUGUUGGAGGGGAAGCAACAUCUUCUACACCAGUCGCUGGCGCCUCUGUACUGGCUGAUGCAGUGAGGAAAGUGCUCCAUCGGCGAGCGCGAGACAGCCUACGGCAGAGUCAUCAGGACUUGGAAGCACUCGAGGAUGGAACAGAGUCUCCAAGCAAGUCUCUAGGUGGCAUAAUGCACCUCGAUCCAGCAGAAGAGCAUCUUCCUCCCAUACGCAGGAUCCUCCACGACGCGGUCCCUAGAUUAAGGCUCAACUUUCAUUGGUCAUAGAGGUUGGUCACUGAAAUCGAAGAGGGUCCCCCUGAGAGAACAGGGGAAAAUGAAGGGAAAGGGGAGAGCCUUGUCGGAGGUCUCUUCCGUUCAGAGUCAGUGACGAAUGAAUGCUGAGCUUUAACUAGAGACUUUCCGGCUUCUGGAAAUAUCUUCGCAUAUGCAGUGACAGCUGAAGGCUUCGGGACUGCAGAAGGGUUUGGGUGAGUUGGGAACAAGAACUCGAUAAGAAAAACUACGUGUGUUGUAAAGGAACAUGAGGGCGUUACUAGGCUUCAACAACGUUUCGAAAAAGAAUACCAUUUUUACGAUUCCGUCUCCGUACUACAGGACCUCCAGUGGGAGCCAGCAUUAAGGAGAUCCCUGUAAUAUCAUCACCUAGGAAAACACAGAAGAUCUCUUAGACGAGAACACCUAGUUGUAGAUCCUUCUAAACAAACAUGAAGAUGAUGAGAUGA